AUGUACUUUUCUGUAAGGCAGGGUCGUAUCCGCUGGCCGGACGUUGCUCCUACCAUGCCGAGGGGAUUUUUGUUAUCUAAACCUCAGCAGAGAGGGCAGUCCUUCCUCUCCUUCAGGAAAGGACCUCUUAGAUCGCGCGUCCACCUCGUCAAGUUGGUAGUUACUUGGAUCGGAUCCUUGCCAAGGAAACAUCACACGCCUUCCGCCCCUUACUCUCAGAUCUCACAGUCAAUAUCUCCAAAGAUGCUUCGAGUGACUAUCUUCCUCGUGUGCUUCUUGGUCGCCGCCUCUGUGCUCUUGCCGGCGGCGGAGGCGAGGCCGCAGAUUCACUCGUACGACGUCGCCAAAGUCAAUGCCGAAGUCUUCGAGGAACAGGACGAGGUGGAGGAAUCCGAACGUGGAGGAAAUUACGUAGAAAUCCAAGAGAGCGUUGUGGAGGACGGUGCGUCUCCCACGGGCGCCGCCGGGAGCAUCGCCCUCGAAGUCCUCGACGAAGUGGGAGACGCCCUCGGCUCCAGGGGGGGUGCCCUGCGCAGGAUGGAGGCGCUGCUCGAGGCCUCCAGAGGCGUCUACGGCAGAUAAGAUUCUCUUCAUGUGUGACUGAGAUCUCUGCGAAAUGGAAUGGAUGCUUGAAGGACAACCUUUCACGAAUGUAUAGAUAUCAGCAUAUAUUUUUAUAGUAAAAGUAUAAAAAGGAAUAAAAAUGUCAAGAAAA